AUGAAUUGGGCGCUGAUAAGCGUACUGAUACUGUUCGCUGUGGUGUGUACGCUGUCUCAAAGUUUGGGCCCAAACCGCUUAGCCUGUGGCAAGCGUAGGGUGAAAACAAUUCAUCUCAUACACAACGGGGUCGACGCAAAGCCAGGCCACUGGCCGUGGCAUGCUGCCAUCUUUCAUCGCGCGCAUGGUACCCUGGAAUACGCUUGCGGUGGAUCAAUCAUUGACGAGGAAACUAUUCUUACGGCGGCCCACUGCGUCUACCUUGACAAUGGGCUAAUCUCCGAGAGCCGAGUAGUGGUACGUGUGGGUGCUAUCCAUCUAACUGAAGAGAGUGAAUACGUGCAGGAGCACACGGUGGAUGAAGUGAUAGCCCAUCCGGGAUACAAUUCCAGCCGGUUUAUGAACGAUAUCGCACUGUUGAAGCUGACUGACAACAUCACGAUGACGGAGUUCGUUCAACCCGUUUGCCUGUGGACGCUGGACGGCGGUCAGGAGAUGAUCGUCGGAAGGAAUGGAAGUUUGGUUGGGUUUGGUCUGAACCAGCAAGACGUGGUGUCGGAACAGCUGAAACAGGCAACGAUAGGCGUGGUGGACGCCUUGACAUGCAUCAAAAGUGAUCGUGUGUCGUUCGGCAAUCAGCUGACGUCGGAGAUGUUCUGCGCUGGAGCACUGCAGGGUGUUAGCGCAUGCAACGGUGACAGCGGCGGAGGCUUAUUCUUCAACGUGGAAGGCAAAUGGUUCGUGCGGGGCAUUGUCUCCUUCAUUCCGUUGCGAAGAGGAACGAAACUGUGCGAUCCCUCCAAGUAUACCGCCUUCACCGAUGUGGCCAGGUAUAUGCAAUGGAUCGAGUUGUUCGUAAACCCGCGUGUGCUACUGAUUGACACCAACGAGCUGGAGGUGGAUUACCAGGAGAAGCUUCCACUGUUCAACUUAAACACGUGCGGUACGCGGUUCGAAACAUUUGGGGCUGAUGGUAGCCCGACCGCCCUACCUUGGGUUGGAUUGGCCCUAACAAGUGCUCGAGAGGUGAAGUGUGUCGUCACGCUGAUAAACGAAUGGUAUGCAGUUGGCACAGCAAGCUGCUUCAAAGAUGGUGGCAAAGAUUUGCGCAUUAUGCUGGGAGGACAGGCAGCGCUACAGGAACGGAAGUGUUUCGAACGCGAUGGAGAGAGGGUGUGUGCCAAUCCAACACAGAUGCGGAACAUUCAGCGUGUGAUAAACCAUCCAAGGUUCACCGUCAAUGCCAUUAGCAACGAUAUAGCGCUGGUCGAGCUUCGCGAUCCGGCAGACACGACGCAGCCGAACGUGAAACCCAUUUGUCUUCCGGUAACACCAGCCCUGUAUACAAAUCUAACGACGCAUUGGUCUGUGCUGUCUUACUCAUUGGAUGAAAAAAUUUAUAAAGACCAGAUCGUAAACCACGUGGAGCUGGACUUGUGUACCACAGCGUUCGUGCGCGUAGGUCUGCCAGCAGAAGAGAAGAGUGUUUGUGCAGUAGUACCGCACGACGAUGUUGCAAAGUGCAUUCCCGUAGGUAGAGGCGCCCCUCUGCAAGAGCGAAGAAUGUUCGGUACAGACGAGCGAUACAUAUUGCGAGGCUUAGACAUUCUAGGGCUAACAUGUGCUGCGCCUAUAGUAAACUCCUAUACCGAUCUGUAUGCAUAUCUGGACUGGAUGCUGUACAACAUGAAGCACCAUGUCGCACGCAAUGCCGAGGCGGAAGCCGCAAAUGCCAGUCUAGCAGAAUGGAUCAAAGUGCAGCAGGAAGCGGGGAAUGAGAAGCUAAAGCUCUUCAAUAUGGAUACCUGUGGAGUUAAUGUAAAUGCCGCUGGUUCGACCAUCAUUCCCUGGAUCGGUACAUUGAAAGCUAUCAAAAAUGCCACGAAUCUAUUGCCCAGUCCCGGGCAGUCAAUAGUAAAACCAGAGGAAACUCCAAGCAUGGUAGUGUUGAUUAGCGAGCGUUACGCGCUGGCUCCGGCUCAUGUUUUCAGUGAAGCGGCAUCUUGGCGAUCCAUCAUCUUAGGAUAUACACGUUACAAUCCACUGCUAGCAAUUGAAUGUGCGUUUCGAGUAUGUGAUCCUCCGUACCAGGAGGUGCAGAUAAAAAAUAUUACCAUCCAUCCGGGCUACAACUCGACUGCGAAUAUACAUAAUCUCGCUCUUAUUGAGCUACUGGAGCCGGCAAACACGACUAAACCAUUCAUCAGCCCUAUAUGCAUGCCACUGACGGAGAGGUUUCGUAACAGCACACCAUUUGAAUUGCUGGUGCCGAAGUACAUUUACCAUGAGGAAAGUAGUAAGUUAUUGCCGCUGGAUCUCCUAAACUGCCAGGAACGAUUCGCACAGAACAGCUACUUAGUAACGCUGACCGAACACGAUCGCUGUGCGGUUUUGGACAAAGACUAUGGCGAAGCGGCAACGGUGAAAUCGGGCGCCCCAUUGCAGACAUUAUUGCAGGUUGGGGAGAAACAGCGUUACUUUCUUAGUGGUAUAAACCGCUUGAAGGAUUUGGUGAACUUCCACAAUCCCAACUAUCCGUACCUGUUUGCGGACAUUAAUUCGUACCUGGAUUGGAUUCUGGAAAACAUGCAGCUUCGUGAUCGUGAAACUCCGCCAGUCAAUCUAUCAGCGGACCCGAUCCGAGUGGACCCUCUACCGGUACGAAGGACAUCGAAAUUAAGGCUAUUCAAUUUGAAAACAUGCGGCAUUUACACGAAAGAUUCCUCUCUGAAUGGAACGUAUGAAACUGAGCCGUGGUCAGGAUUUUUAUAUGCACGGAACCCAACGUAUAAUUCCACCUUAUUUGCGCGAUGUGCCGUGGUGCUGAUUAGCGAGUGGUACGUUGUGGGGAUGGCGAGUUGCUUACCGCAAGAAAAAGAGCUCUUCGUUCAAUUUGGUGGGUACAUUGAGACAACCAAAGAAAGUUGCUACGAGUUCGACGGGGCGACGAUUUGCCGCCCUACAACGCACAUGGUUCCAAUAGCGAAGAGCAUUGUGCAUCCGCGCUAUAGCAGGGCGAGCUAUGCCAAUGACAUCGCUUUGAUACAGCUUGCCGCACCAGCAGACAUUUCGCAAAAGCACGUAAAACCCAUCUGUCUGCCAAUCAUGGAUCCUGUUCGCAGUUAUGACGUAUCAAGUAUGGCAACGGUCACCUUUGGUCCAAACACGGGUUCCUUCGUAUCGGCAAUGGUAGAUCGCAGGUACAUUAACGCGACCGAAUGUCAACGGCGCUGGGAUGGAUUGGCGUUGAAUUUGCAGAUACAGCACACGAAGCAGUGUAGCCUGUUGCCAUACGAUCCUGAAGAACCAUGUGCCGGUAUAUUGGCUUUCCCAGGCUUUGCGCUCCAUACGACACAAGAACUGCUGGGGACAAAGCGUCACUUUAUUCGCGGUUUGCUUGUGAUGGAACCGAGGCUUUGCAGCUCCUACUAUCCUGCGAUCUACACUGAUGUUGAUGUUUAUUUGGACUGGAUAUUGGAGAACAUGGGUGAGAAAUUGAACACGUUCAGUCAAACGUACAACUUAACGGAACAGUUGAUAUUCGUUUAA